AUGAAGUUUCCCAUCUUCAACUGCCUGUCAUUACUGGCAGCAUGUGGGGUUUUCUCAUCAACUUUUGUGGUGGGCCAUAGCCAUCACCAUAAAGAUGAUGGAUUGGGACUUGAAGAGGUUGAUCGGAGUUUGAACGACGAAAGAAAGCAAGAAUUGGAGAGACUUUGGGGUUUUGAGGUUAGUGGACUUUUAUGUUUGGAACUUUGCUUGUUAGCAUAGUAGGUAGGAGCAGACAGAUGCACAGUUUGUGGAAUCAUGAGGUACAGUCAAUGAAUGAUGAGGACGAUAUUUGGGCCACCUUCUGGCCUUCUGGAUUUAAUCUGAGGCACUGGAAUGUGAUGGACGGGGACAUAACCCGUGGCACAUUAGUAGGACCCGGAAAUUCCCCAAUUAUUGCCCGUAAAUGGCGUUCUCGCCUGGAGUAAGAGGAUGCAAAAGACAUAUUUCUAUCACGAAAUCGACGCGAUUACUACUUUCUUGACUGACUCUUCCAUUUCUUUCGAAGAAACAACCAAAAAUGGGAGAUGCGAGUGCAUUCAUUUCUCAUGCAUAAAUCUUUAUUUUCUCCACAUCUACUCAUCACCAUAAAAACUGUGAGACCACCACAGACUGACGAACCAAACCCUGCAUAUAGUGGUCAUUCUCAGGGAUCUCAACAUUUGCUCAUCUGGACUACAAGAAAUGUCUCACAACUCCUGAUGAACUUUUCGAUAUAGGAAUCUUAGGUGUCCCAUUCGACACUGCAGUUAGCUAUCGACCUGGGGCUAGAUUUGGGCCUAAGGCUAUUCGAUCAGCGAGCGCUAGGCAGACUAGCUUUAGAGGAUGUAGGAUUUUAAGCCGUCAUCGGCACUGAUGAUGCUCCUUUCUCGAAAAGCAUGAAGCUAACCUCACGGGCCCAGUCAAUACACGAGCUGGUAUAAACCCAUACACAUCGUUCGCACGCAUUAUCGAUUGUGGGGAUAUACCAGUCACUCCCCUGAGUAACGCUGUUGCAUUAAAACAAAUGACAGCAGCCUAUACCGAAUUACUCAACCGAAAGCCCGUUUCCUCAUCUCUUACCCACCCAAAGAUCAUUUCCCUAGGAGGUGACCAUAGUAUAGCCUUAGCAGCACUCAGAGCUCUCCAAAAAGUAUACAAUCAACCAAUCGCCGUUCUACAUUUCGACGCUCAUCUCGAUACCUGGCAUCCGGCCAAAUAUCCAGAUCCAUGGGCAAGUGAGCAAGCGCAAUUCAAUCAUGGGAGUAUGUUUUGGCUCGCUUCAAAUGAAGGUUUAAUCAUAAAUGGAAGCAGUGUUCACGCAGGGUUAAGAACGAGAUUAAGUGGUAACGAUUUUGAGGAUUAUGAAGAUGAUGAUAGACAAGGUUUUCUGAGGAUCUCGGCGGAUGAUAUUGAUGAUCUUAGACCUCAAGGUGUGGUUAAGAAGAUUAUGGAAAGAAUUGGAACUGAGGUUCCGGUUUAUCUUAGUAUUGACAUCGAUGUUCUGGAUCCAGGCGUAGCGCCAGGAACAGGCACGCCUGAGCCCGGUGGCUGGACAAUGAGGGAGUUAAUUAGAAUACUGAGGGGAAUUGAGGGAUUAAAUGUUGUGGGUGCGGUGAGUAUUGUUGAUCAUUUCAUCUUUCCCUGAAAAUGCUACCAUCUCCAGCGCAGUUAAUGGUUCAUUUUUGCGUCUCUUAACUUUGAGAGAUUCUUUUGUUCAUGAGUACUGACUCCAACAUCUUGUAGGAUGUAGUGGAGGUGAGUCCAAGUUAUGAUGGAGCUGGAGAGGAAACGGCACUCAGCGCGUCGCAGGUAGUUUUUGAGAUGUUGACGAGUGUUGUCAAGAGGGGUUUGAGCGACAUGGGAAAGGUCGCCAAAAUCAAGGAAAGCAGGAAGAAUGAUGAGCUAUGAACACGAUGCUUUUAAGGCAACUGAAGAGUUAGCGCAGGCAUGCUAGACACCAAGAUAUUAUCACCGAAACGGUAGUGACCGUCUUCCCGAAUACUAGUAAGAGAUCAGGAGUCAGCAAUCUAGAUAUGCCGAACUACAAUAUGAACCCGAAGAUUACCGGAGAAUGCGUCAACGGGAACUUUGCAUCCAUUGAAGGUAAUU